CGUGGUGUAUGUGGUAUAAUCUCGUGACCUUGCAGUGAAUUGAGAAGAGAGACUUUCGGUCGCGGUGGUUUCCUUCUGCUUAGGGAUUCAGUGAAUUUCUAAUUGUGAUUCAGAGACCGAAGUAAUACGAGCUGAAGACGAAGUGGUAUCAGAAGGAGCUUCUCCCACUGAAGGGUGGCUCACAGAGAGGCCUCUCUUUCAUUGGAAUAAAUCCGAUAGACGAAGAAGAAGAACAAGUAUAAUGUCAUAUGCGGGAUUUGGGAAGGAAUCAGGGCCUUCAGUGCCACCCAAAUCACAACCAGUCUUUGGCCAUACUAACCCUUUUCUCCGUCCGCCAUCUUCUUCUCUCGCAACUCUAGCUGCUCCUUAUGCCACUUCGCCGUCACCUCCCAGAGCCAGUGUUGGGCAGAAUGUAUUUUAUGGACAUUUGGGUGCCCCUGCUCCUGAAAAUCUCGCAACAAUUACAACACUUGCUGCCUCGCGGGAUUCCACCUCUGGUAUCACAGCCAGAGUUUCGAGAUCUCAAAACCCAGAAAAAAUCAGAUCUCUUCCCUUACCAUAUGCCGGCAAUGAUGCAUCCAAGUACCCUGGUCAAACUGUUUUGAGAAGCCCCUCAAAAUUUCUUGCUGAUGACCGUAAUCAGUUACUUCAUCUGAAAUCGCAAUCACCUCCUUUAGUACCUGUAAAUUAUCAGUCUGUUCAGAGUUUUCAGCCUUCUAUUGCUGUUCAACGGCCAGCUGUAGCUUCUAGUACAUUGGGUAACCAGGUCAGUUUAUCAGGCGGUUGUACCAGCUCAUCAGAACAUCAGGUCCAAUCCUUGGUUUCACCCCAGGUUGUUUCUCAUAAUCCUCAGGGUUUUGUGGGAGAACUUAAUGGUGCUCAAGUCUCAAAAAGAAUGAGGUCCCCGCCUUUGCCAUUAGUCAAAUCUAAUGAAGUUUUGCAGGAUAAUAAUACUGAUGUUCAGCAAGAUUUGACGAGAUCUUUGUCUCCUCCUAAGUUGCGAAAUGCGUCUAGUAUUCUAAGGAGUGCCCCUGACGUUCAAGUCUAUAAAAGGUCUUCACCACCUACUGCUGUUUCCGAAGCCCCAUUAAACAGGUCCAUUAGUUCCUCUACCCCUAAAAGAACAAGAUCACCUCCUCGAUUAUCUUCAACUGAUAAAACUCUUGAAGGAAAAAUCAUUUCCUCAAAUGACAAUUCUGAACGUGAAAUGUUAGCCAAGGCAAAGCGUUUAGCUCGGUUCAAGGUGGAUCUAAGCAAAUCUGAGCAGAAUGAUUCUAAUAUUGCAGACAGGAAGGCUUCUGCAAGUAGAAAUGAACAGUCUCUGUUGGAGCAAAAAUAUGUCGACGGCCAUUCUACACAAUCAACGGUCAACUUUACCAAUGGCCUUGCUUUUUCUGAUUCUGACGGCCUUAAGACAUCCAAUAUAAUUAUUGGCUUAUGUCCAGAUAUGUGUCCUGAGUCAGAGAGGGCAGAGCGUGAAAGGAAAGGGGAUCUUGAUCAGUAUGAACGCUUGGAUGGGGAUAGAAAUGUAACCAGCAGAGUUCUUGCAGUUAAGAAGUAUAAUAGGACAGCAGAGAGGGAAGCAAACUUGAUUCGGCCAAUGCCUGUUCUUCAGGAGACAAUUGAUUACCUGCUCAAUUUGCUAGAUCAGCGGUAUGAUGAAAGGUUUCUUGGCAUGUACAACUUUCUGUGGGACCGGAUGAGGGCAAUUAGGAUGGACCUGAGGAUGCAGCACAUUUUCAAUCAAGGGGCUAUUACUAUGUUGGAACAAAUGAUAAGAUUACACAUAAUUGCAAUGCAUGAAUUAUGUGAAUUCACAAAAGGGGAGGGCUUUUCCGAAGGAUUUGAUGCUCACCUCAACAUUGAACAGAUGAACAAAACCUCAGUAGAAUUGUUUCAGAUGUAUGAUGAUCAUAGAAAGAAGGGAAUAAACGUGCCCACGGAAAAGGAGUUUCGAGGCUAUUAUGCUCUUCUUAAAUUGGACAAGCAUCCUGGUUAUAAAGUUGAACCUGCAGAGCUCUCUCUUGACCUUGCCAAGAUGACUCCUGAGACAAGGCAGACUCCUGAAGUUCUGUUUGCCCGCAAAGUAGCAAGAGCUUGCCGAACAGGUAAUUUUAUUGCCUUCUUUCGGCUUGCUAGAAAGGCAAGCUAUCUUCAAGCCUGUCUAAUGCAUGCUCACUUUGCAAAGUUACGUACCCAGGCACUUGCUUCUUUACAUGCUGGUUUGCAAAAUAACCAAGGCCUCCCUGUUUCACAUGUUGCUAACUGGCUUGCUAUGGAGGAUGAGGACAUAGAAGGCCUGCUAGAAUAUCAUGGAUUCUUGGUCAAAGCAUUUGAAGAACCAUAUAUGGUGAAGGAAGGCCCAUUUCUCAAUAUUGAUAAUGAUUAUCCCACCAAGUGUUCCAAACUUGUCCACAAGAAAAGGUCAAAAAUGAUAAUAGAAGAUGUUGCACCCUCAGAUCAAUUUGUAUCACCACCUGUUGAGACUACAAAUGAGAUUCAGAUACACAAGAAAUACAAGAAUGAGCAACAAUCUGUCCAAGAAGUUAGCUCAGUUGAGAAGGUUGAUGAAGAAAUGCCCGACUCUGUAGCUAUUUUGUCCCCAAAGGAUGGUAGAUCUGGAUGGAAAUUUAAGGAAAUGCCAAUUGCUUUUCAACGUAGUGAAACUGAUCAUAAUGUUACUAUGCCUUUUGCAUCACCAAUUGGCUUCUUUCAUCAUGGCAUACCUGAACCACAACCAACCAGAUCUGUACUUUCUAAGCGUAUUAACUCAGAUUCUAUGUUUACAAGCUCUCCUAAGAGAAACUUGCAUUCAGAGCUGGAUGGAAGGCUCUUUGAGAGUAUGCCAAAACCUUCUCCAUCAGAAAGUUCGAAAGGAUUUGAUUUUCAUAUCCCUGUGGCUGAUCCUUUGCCCCCAAGUGCAUCUCAAGAUGAGUCUCUACUUGUUGACCAAGUAAAUGAAGAUGAAAUUGAUCAAGCUGAAGAAAUUGAUGAUCAAGAUGAAGAAAUUGCUGCAGCUAAGCUCAAGCUAUUCUUAAGAUUAUGGAGGAGACGGGUAUCAAAGUUGAGGAUGUUACGUGAACAAAGGCAAUUUGCGGCAAAUGCUGCGCUGGACUCAUUGUCACUGGGCCCACCAAUUCAACAUUACGUAGAUCAACCAAUCAACCUUGACAAGUUUGACAUUGAUAAAGCCCUGAGAGAGAGAUAUGAAAAGCAGGAAAAAUCAUGGGCAAGACUUAAUCUUUCAGAAAUGGUUGGUGAUGUCCUAAGCAGAAGAAACUCAGGUGUUAAAUGUUUGUGCUGGAAAAUUAUUCUUUGUUCUCAGACGGAUGGUGGACAUAAAAUGAGUGCAGCUGGGUCGUGGUUGAUCUCAAAGCUCAUGCCUUCCAGUGAUGAGGAUAUGGUUAUUUCAUCUCCUGGUCUAACAAUAUGGAAGAAAUGGGUUCCUGGUCAAUGUGGAACUGAUCCUACUUGCUGCUUCUCUGUAAUUAGGGAUACAUCUUUUGGUGGUGCAGAUGAAACCGUAUCUGGGGCAAGUGCAGUUUUAUUUCUUGUAUCUGAGGGCAUCCCAUGGAAGUCUCAAAGAGUUCAACUCCAUAAUCUUCUCAUGUCAAUUCCUACUGGUGCUCACUUACCCCUCCUGAUCUUAUGUGGUUCAUAUGAUAAAGGAUAUUCUCCUGUUAUAAUUAGUGAAUUGGGCCUUCAUGAUAUUGAUAAAUCCCGAAUCAGUAGCUUUCUGCUUGUCUUCCUUAUUGAGAAUCAGCAGAUGGAACACUUGGAUGGAUUUUUCAGUGACAGACGAUUGAGAGAGGGGCUGGAGUGGCUGGCAGGAGAAUCAUCCUUGCAGCCAGCCCUACAGUAUGUGAAAGUGCGAGAACUUGUUCACACCCACCUCAGUUCCUUGUUUAGGGUGCUGGAUAGCACCGAUAAUUCAAGGUUGGGUCCUAAUGACUGUAUCUUAGUAUUCAAUGAAGCUUUAGAUCGCUCAUUACAGGAUAUUGUCGCUGCUGCCAAUGAAAAUCCUGCUGGUUGGCCAUGUCCUGAGAUUGGUGUACUUGACCAGUCUAGUGAUGAGGAUAGAUUGCUGAAAAGUUACUUGCCACCAUCAGGUUGGAGCUCACUUCCAAAACUGGAACAAAUUAUUAGAGCUUUCCAAGAUUGUAAGCUUCCCCGGUUUCCUGAUGAUUUAUCCUGGUUGGCCCUUGGUUCUAAAUCUAAACACGAGAUUGAGAAUGACAAAUUAAGGCUUGAAGGUAGCUUGAUUCAGUACCUGACUGAUAUUAGUAAGAUGAUGGGAGUCCCAUUGGCAACAAAAGAGGCACAUGUCAUGCUGCAAUCAUGUGCUAGACUCAAGCUUUGUGGCUCAAGCUACCAUAUAGUUCCCCAGUGGACCAUGAUCUUUUAUCGAAUCUUCAAUUGGCGAUUAAUGAGUUUAUCCAGUGGCGAGGUCUCUUUUGCUUACAUCUCAGAACGGACUCGCGUUUCUCUUCCAAGUUCAGAUCUGGAUGUGAACUUUGAAGCAAAUUUACCUUCAUAUUAUCACUGUGCAUCUUUGGAUGAGAUAAUUGAAAUUGGUUGUGACUCUCCUAUCCACACCAAGAGUCAACCAAGGCUACUUCAACUUCCACAGAAGGACACAGAUAAUGUGAUGAAUGAAAAUGUUAGUCCAGGUGUUUUGAUGGAGUCUGUAAGAAACUCUACCGUAGAUUAUCUGCCUAGCGUCAAUAACACAGUUUUCUCACAUGGAUUAGACAAUGCUAGAGGUGUAGUUCUGACAAAUGGCAAAGCAAACAGAGAAGCUCACAAGUUAAGCAGACUAUUGGAGCAAUGCAAUUUGCUGCAGAAUGUCAUAGAUGAGAAGCUGUCUCUGUACUUCUGAUCUGCUUAAUGAUUUUAUUAUGCUUGUAUUGUAUAUUACUCUCAACCAAUAUAUGGAGAAAAUUGUAUCUUGAGAUGAAAAAGGGGAGAGGGUGAGAAUAUAUGCUAACCCAAAGCGUGUUUUUUAGGCAAUUUUGUACAGCAAAUGAGAAUGUCUUGUGUGUUGUUUAUCUA